AUGAAGACCGAUUUCAGGUUCUCGAACUUGUUGGGCACUGUUUACAGCCGCGGAAACCUUCUCUUCACUCCGGAUGGCACCUGUCUGCUGUCGCCCGUGGGCAACCGCGUCUCUGUCUUCGACCUGGUCAACAACAAAUCACAUACCCUUCCUUUCGCACACCGUCGGAACAUUGCCCGCAUCGCACUAAACCCACGCGGUAACCUGCUGCUCACCGUCGACGAGGAUGGCCGCGCCAUUCUCACGAACGUACCCCGUCGCAUCGCGCUCUACCACUUCUCGUUCCGGUCGCCUGUUUCGUCCAUAGUGUUCGCGCCGGAUGGGCGCCAAUUUGCUGCCGCAAUUGGCCGCCAGGUCGAAGUGUGGCAUACGCCCUCGACCCCGGAUGCCGGCGCGGACGGUGAGCUGGAAUUCGCGCCGUUCGUACGUCAUAGGGUGUAUACCGGACAUUACGACACUGUCGAAAGCAUAGAGUGGUCUGGCGACUCGAGAUUUUUCCUUACCGCAUCGAAAGACCUUACGGCAAGAAUAUGGAGCUUGGACCCAGAGGACGGCUUCGUACCCACCACUCUGUCUGGACACAGGCAGGCUGUUGUAGGGGCAUGGUUUUCCAAAAAUCAGGAAUUAAUGUAUACAGUCAGCAAGGACGGCGCGCUUUUCGAAUGGCAGUACCUUCCUAAGCCCGCCCUAGAUGAUGAUGAGGAGGAGGAGGAUACGGAGCGCUGGAGAAUAGCUGAGAAGCAUUAUUUCAUGCAGAACAACGCGCACGUCACAUGCGCCGCGUUUCACGCAGAAAGCAAUCUCCUGGUCGUCGGCUUCUCAAAUGGUGUAUUUGGGAUUCACGAGCUGCCCGAGUUCUCAACGAUCCAAAACCUCAGCAUCUCACAAAACGACAUUGACUUCGUCACGAUCAACAAGACUGGCGAAUGGCUUGCAUUCGGCGCAUCCAAGCUAGGCCAGUUGCUCGUCUGGGAAUGGCAAUCUGAAUCCUACAUUCUCAAGCAACAAGGCCACUUCGACUCAAUGAACUCGAUCAUUUACUCGCCGGAUGGCCAGAGGAUCAUCACCUGCGCUGACGAUGGCAAGAUCAAGGUCUGGGACGUUGCCUCUGGAUUUUGCAUUGUUACCUUCACUGAGCACACCAGCGGCGUGACUGCUUGCGAAUUCGCAAAGCGUGGCAACGUCCUUUUCACGGCUUCUCUCGAUGGAUCUGUGCGAGCGUGGGACUUGAUCCGCUACCGGAAUUUCCGCACUUUUACGGCGCCGAAACGUCUUUCCUUCUCCUCUAUCGCUGUUGAUCCCAGCGGCGAGGUCAUCUGCGCUGGCUCGCGGGACGACCCGGAUAUCCAUAUUUGGUCUGUCCAAACCGGGCAGCUGCUCGAUACACUCUCCGGACACGAAGCGCCCGUGUCGUGUCUUGCCUUCGCGCCGAACGGUGGUAAUAUUGUUAGUGGCAGCUGGGAUCACAGCGUCCGUAUUUGGGAUAUCUUCGCACGGACCCAGACAAGCGAACCUCUUCAGUUGCAGUCCGACGUCCUCAGCCUAGCGUUCCGUCCAGACUCAAAGCAGGUUGCGGUGGCAACUCUCGAUGGUCAGCUGUCCUUCUGGUCGGUGUCGGAUGCAACCCAGGUCGGCGGAUUGGAUGGACGUCGUGAUGUGUCCGGCGGCCGCAAGAUGACGGACCGACGGACCGCGGCAAACGUAGCCGGCACCAAAGCUUUCCAGACCAUCACCUAUAGCGCAGAUGGCACGUGCGUCCUCGCCGGGGGCAACAGCAAGUACAUUUGUUUGUACGACGUGCAGUCUGGCGUUUUGCUGAAGAAAUACACCGUCAGCGUGAACCUAUCGUUGGACGGCACGCAGGAGUUCCUCAACAGCAAGCUUCUAACCGAGGGUGGGCCUCGAGGACUCAUCGACGAGACUGGUGAUGCUUCCGACCUGGAGGACCGUCUUGCCGGGGACAAGACACUGCCUGGCGCGCAGCGCGGAGGCGACAUGAGCUCACGGCGCACUCGUCCGGAGGUGCGUGUUCCUGCGGUCGCCUUCGCGCCCACGGGCCGUGCAUUCUGUGCCGCAAGCACGGAAGGUCUGCUGAUUUACAGCCUGGACAACUCGGUGCAGUUCGAUCCCUUCGACCUCGACGUGACGGUGACGCCGGAUUCGACGCUGGCGGCGCUGAAGGAAGGCCAGUACCUGCGCGCUCUAGCCAUGGCUUUCCGUCUGAACGAGCGCGGCCUCAUCGCCCGGGUCUACUACGCCACUCCCCUCCAGGACGUGGCGCUCGUCGUGCGGGACCUGCCUCAGGUCUACCUCGCUCGCCUCUUGCGUUUUGUCGCGGCCCAGGCGGACGAGAGCCCGCAUCUCGAGUUCAAUCUUCGCUGGAUCGAGGCGCUGCUAACCAGCCACGGCCGGGUGCUCAAGGACAGGCAAGGCGAGUUCGCACCGGAGCUCCGUGCGGUGCAGAAGGUCGUUGCGAAGGUGCAGCGGGAGGUCGCACGGCUUGCGGAGGACAAUGUGUACGCGAUUGACUUCUUGCUCGCCCAGCCGGUCGGCAAGCAGGGUGGUGCACUGGGGGCUGACGAUGUUCUGGGCCUUGUCGAGGAGGGCGAAGACAUGGAGAUUGAGGAGGGCGAGGGAAGCGACAGUGAGGGCGGUGAGUGGAUGGGACUCGAUUAA